ACCUCGUAUAAACACAUAUAUAGAAGUAUAUAGAGGUCUGAAUGUCUUAACACUCACUGGUUUGCACGAGCCCGUGCUGAGAUGCCACACUCAACCUCCUCACACAAGAGAAGUCAACUGAAAAAAAUCGGUCUUGACAGCCGCUCUCCUCUGUGAGGAACAGGGUAGUAGCAGGAGCGAGAGAGUGAGGAGUGGGAGGAGGGAGUGAGAGUCUGAGAGAGGGAGAGAGAGGGGGAGAGAGAGACUUGUGCAUUGAAAGCCAGCCUCAGCCUCUGUUGUGGUAAGCAAGCAAAGGAAGGCGUUUAAGCAGAGGACUUUAAACCCACAGCCGCAACUCUGGUCACCGCUGUAGAGACCCCCGAAAUCAGAGGACAAGGCAGUAUGGAAGAGGACAUGGAUGAGGGACAGACCCAGAAGGGAUGUGCGGAGUGUUGUCUGAAAUGUUUAGGAGGAAUCCCUUAUCCAUCCCUGAUUGCCACCAUCCUGCUGUAUGCUGGAGUGGCGCUCUUCUGUGGAUGUGGACAUGAAGCUCUUUCUGGGACGGUCACCAUCCUCCAGAACUACUUUGAGGUGAUCAAGGGACCUGGAGAUGGUCUGGAUGUGUUUACAAUCAUUGACAUUAUCAAGUAUGUGAUCUAUGGCAUUGCCUCUGCAUUCUUCGUCUAUGGCAUUCUUCUGAUGGUCGAAGGCUUCUUUACCAGUGGGGCCAUCAAGGACCUGUAUGGAGACUUCAAGAUCACCACCUGUGGGCGCUGUGUCAGUGCAUGGUUCAUCAUGUUGACGUACAUCUUCAUGUUGGCUUGGCUGGGUGUGACAGCAUUCACCUCGUUGCCUGUCUUCAUGUAUUUCAACAUCUGGACCAUUUGCCAAAACAUGACCGUUCUGGAGGGAGCAAGUUUAUGUCUUGACCCGCGCCAGUUUGGUGUCGUGCCCAUUGGAGAGGAGAAGACUGUAUGUGCAGGAUCAGAGAAGUUCUACAAAAUGUGCGAAUCGAAUGAGCUGGAUAUGACUUUCCAUUUGUUUGUGUGUGCGUUGGCUGGGGCUGGAGCUGCAGUCAUUGCCAUGAUCCACUACCUGAUGGUGCUGUCUGCCAACUGGGCCUAUGUGAAGGAUGCGUGUAAAAUGCAGAAAUACGAGGACUGCAAGUCCAAGGAGGAGCAGGAGCUGCAUGACAUCCACUCUACACGCUCCAAGGAACGGCUCAAUGCCUACACAUAAGACAGGAAGCAGCAGUGAGGGCGAGAGUGCUUUCACUUCCUGUUGAAGGGAGUUUUGGCACUGGUGCAGUCCAGGUGGUGUGUCGUAUGAUCAACCCCAUGGCCAACCCAUUACCUCUCACACAAACAUUAAUAUUAUUAUUAUUAGUGCUAGCAGUAGUGUUUUAGUUUUUUCACAUUAUUGUAUUACAUUUUUUUUUUUUUUUUUGAUUUUGCUGGUUCUUUAUGUACCAUAAAGUGUUUAUUUAUUAUUUUUCUACAGAUGUCAUUGCGUAACUUAUCAGGAUGAUUACAAAAACACAAAAUGGUUAUUAUUUGCUUGCUGUGCUAGUCCAUUUUUCAGACCGCAUCGUGAAAGUAGAUUACGUUGUAACUUCUCUGAGAAGCAUUUAAAUCUUCCUACAGUGUCAACGACCCCCUCUUCAGCAACAAUGCAACUCUCCCUUUACUGGAAGCAAGCGACACAUGCACAAGCCUACAGCGUUAUGACCCCCUCUUUUUAUUUUCCUAUACAAAUAGAUAUAGACACAGUUAAACUGACAGGGAUUUUAUUUGACGUUUUUGAUUUUUAUCUUUUGUACAUAGUCAUUCUGUAAAUGUAUGUACUGUACAUUAGCACUUAUAUUUCAGGUGAAUACAUAUUAGAUUGAAAAACACAUUCCAUGACUGGACAGGGUGGGCAGAGGGAGUUAGUUCUUCUAAAAACUCAAGAAAAAAGUUUGGAGGAGAAGAAAAAUCCAGGCGACGCGGUAAUAUUUUGUGACAGAUCACUUUCUUUCUGUGGGUUUUUUUCUUUUCAAAGGGGAAUAUCACGAUGAAAACAAAUAUUUAAAGAGCUUAUACUAUUAUCUCGAUGACAGUUACUCGUUGUCUUGCUAAUAAGUCAUUGUUAUAUUGGACAAUGGAAAUGUCUUUUCAUUCUUUUAAUGCCUUGCAAAUCAUGUUCUGUCAGUGUUUUUAAGAGCUAGUCUCGUGCACUUAUUUGACCAUUUUGUGAGCUCUUUCUCGGUGUAAGUGCAUUGGGGUCCCGGCUGCAAAGUCACCCCCCUGUAAUGUUAGGUAAAGACUGUGAACCUAAUUGUUAUCUGUGGCAUGGUCAUGCAUUCAGUGGUAAUCGUUUUUUUCCGGAUCAAAAAAAAAAAUUAAAUAAUGGAUUAAAACAAGAAAAACAGUUUUCAUUUCAUCAUUUUUAUGAGUUUGUUAUAUGCGACUGUCUUGCUGGGUCGUCCCCUUCCUCAUAAUGUGCAGUAAUUUGAAUCCUAUGCUGAAUACAUUGCUGAAACUCCUACUCUUAGAUGGUAGUGUUUGAUUUGUGCCUGUUUACUUUGUGGUGUUCUCUCUAACUCCUCUGAGUUGCCUUCUCACCUUACUAUUCCUAAUUGAGCCCCUAACUUAAUGCUUUCUCUGAACCCUCACCCCCCCCCCCCCCCCCCCCUCUCUCUCUCUCUCUCUCUCUCUCUCUUACUCUGGCUCACUCUCUUUAUCCUCGUCUACUAAUCUUUUUGUACUCCCACUAAAGAAUGCUUAGUAGCAAGCCGUACCAUUAAUUUGUCUUGUACAUAAAUGUGCCAAGCGCUUGACAGUGGCUUUUCUGAUCUGUAGGGACAAACUGCUUGCGUAAAUAUACGACAAUGGUGUACUUGUCAAUAAAUACUCUACGGUUGUUGUUUUUAACAGUAA